GCACUAAACACACAAACAAAGUCACUGAGGUAAGAAAGAAAAAAGUUCAAGUUAAUGAGCAAUCGCUGCACUUGUGUGUCGGGACGAGGUGCUGCCCAGAGUUGACGUGAACUUUUGGUCACUUAUUUGCCUAGCAACCAGCGGGAGAGAAGUCAGCUGAUUCUGUGAAGAAUUUGUGUCAUAUCAGGGGACCCACAGAAACUUCUAGAGCCCCACAGAGUACAGAUUUGGGUCUUGCUCCCACUGGUUGUAAAUAAAGGAUACUUUGAUAAUCAUCAGACAUCAUGCUGGGACCAAAUUUGUGAUUCAUUCAAUGAUUACAGCAGUGAUUGAAGAGUCACCAAGAACCGCAUGAGGACGCAAAAAGAGUUUCACAGGAUGUCAGAAGAAACAGCAGACGUGUUGAAGAGCAUCCAGAAGAAACCUGGACUGCAGAUAUGGACCAUCAAUAGUAUGAACGUGGUCCCCGUGCCUGAGCAAGCCUAUGGGAAUUUCUUUGAGGGGGAUUGCUACAUAGUCCUUCAUGUUGGUCAUGACUCCUCUCACUCCACCGACAUCCACUACUGGAUCGGUAACGCCUCCUCCCAGGACGAGCAGGGAGCGGCGGCCAUCUACGUCACCCAGAUGGACGAGACCCUGGGGGGCAGCCCCGUCCAGCACAGGGAGGUGCAGGCCAACGAGUCGCCCACGUUCAGGAGCUACUUCAAGAACGGACUCAUCUACAAGAAGGGCGGGGUGGCGUCAGGGUUCCAGCAUGUCGAGACCAACGCUUACAACAUCCUGAGGCUGCUGCACGUCAAAGGGACCAAACACAUCACGGCCACGGAGGUGGACGUGUCCUGGAACAGUUUUAACAAGGGGGACAUAUUCCUCCUGGAUAUGGGCAAAGUAAUCGUGCAGUGGAACGGUCCCCAGAGCAACAGGAGGGAGAGACUCAAGGCUGUUCUCCUGGCCCAGGACAUCCGGGACAGGGAGCGUGGGGGUCGAGCUCAGAUCGGGGUGGUGGAGGGGGGACGUGAGGAUGACUCCCCUGAGCUGAUGAAGAUCAUGAAGGCCGUGCUUGGCCAGAGGACCGGGGGCCUGAGAGACGCCAUCCCUGACAACAAAUCAGGCCUGGACCAGAUCGCCAGUGUCAGACUCUACAGUGUUUCAGAUACCAGUGGGAAGCUGGUGGUGCAGGAGGUGGCCAGUCAGCCACUGACCCAGGAUCUGCUGCGUUCCACUGACUGUUAUAUAGUAGACCAGGGGGGCGCGCAUGUGUUUGUGUGGAAGGGAAAGCACGCCUCUAAAGAGGAGCGUCGUACCGCUCUCUCCAGGGCUGUGGGAUUCAUCAAGGCUAAAAAUUACCCAUCCACCACUGGUGUGGAGGUGAUGGGAGAGGGUGGAGAGUCGGCCAUGUUCAAACAUCUCUUCAAGUCCUGGACUGAAGAGGGCCAAACCCAGGGAAUCGGUAGAACCUACUCCAUGGGCAAGAUUGCUAAGGUGGACCAAGUGACAUUUGACGUGAUGGAGCUUCAUGCUCGCCCUGAAAUCGCAGCACAGGAGCGCAUGGUGGAUGACGCCUCAGGAGAUGUGCAGAUCUGGCGUAUUGAGAAGCAUGAACUUCAGGAACUUCACCCCAGCUCUUUCGGGCAGUUCUAUGGAGGGGACUGUUAUCUCGUUCUGUACACCUACAUGAGGGCUAACAGACCACAGUAUAUCCUCUACAUGUGGCUGGGACGCCACGCCACCCAAGAUGAGAUCACGGCUUGUGCCUAUCAGGCUGUUGCCGUGGACAACAAGUACAACGGGGCUCCUGUUCAGGUCAGGGUGACCAUGGGGAAGGAGCCGCGUCAUUUCCUGGCCAUUUUCAAGGGCAAGCUCAUCAUCUUUGAGGGUGGCACAGGCAAGCCUGGGGUGGUGAAGCCCCCCACUGGUACCAAGCUCUUCCAGGUCAAGGGCACACAUGAGUACAACACCAAGGCAACGGAGGUGCCGCCCCGAGCAUCUUCCCUCAACACUAACGAUGUAUUUCUCCUGAAGAGCGACCGGAUGGUAUUCCUGUGGUAUGGCAAGGGAUGCAGUGGGGAUGAGAGAGAGAUGGGGAAGUAUGUGAGUGACGUCCUCUCCAAGCAGGACAAGCAGGUGGUGAUGGAGGGUCAGGAGACUGCUCAGUUCUGGGUGGCCCUGGGAGGCAAGGCCCCCUAUGUCAGUGACAAGAGGUUUGAGAGGGAGGAGCCUCUUCACAGCCCUCGGCUGUUCGAGUGCUCCAAUCAGACGGGCCGGUUUGUUAUGACGGAGGUGCAGGACUUUGCUCAAGAUGACCUGGACGAGGAUGACGUCAUGCUUCUGGACACCUGGGAGGAGAUCUUCUUGUGGAUUGGCAGCUCAGCCAACCAAUACGAAACUGAGCAGGCGUGCAACAGUGCACUUGAGUACCUGAGGACACACCCAGCUGGGCGGGAUCCUCAGACGCCGAUCAUCUCAGUCAAGCAGGGUUAUGAACCACUCACCUUCACUGGCUGGUUCAAUGCCUGGGACCCCCAUAAGUGGAGUGGAGGCCUGUCCUAUGAGGACAUGAAGCGAAAGCUAGGUGAUGUGGCCUCCAUCUCCCAGAUAACUGUGAACUUGAACAAUGCCAGUCUGAACAAGAGAUCUGAAGGUGGCGGGGGCAAAUACAGUGCUCCAGGUGGCCCAGUCAGUGGCAGUCCCCCUCCUGCCUACAAGUCCCAAAGGCAACGGGGCCCAUCAGGUGGCCCAUACAGUGCCACCCCUCACAUCGGUAGCUCCAACAACAGGAACUCUGGGAGAUGGAGUCCUGAGCAGCUCCUGAAUAAAGCCCCCGAUGAGCUGCCCGAGGGCAUUGACCCCGGUAGGAGGGAGGACUUCCUGUCGGAUGCGGACUUUGAGAAUCUUCUGGGUUCCACUAAGGCUGACUUCCAGCGCUUGCCCAAAUGGCGCCAGAACGACCUGAAAAAGAAGGCAGGGCUUUUCUGAGCAUGGCUCCAUCUCCUUCUGAGGGCACAAUAGAGAAAUAAUACUUUAAAAAACGUAUUUAUGUUUGUUUGUAUGUUGCUUGGAAUUGAAUCUGCCACACUAAGAGCCAUUGUAACCACAGCAACCACAAAUGGCAUUAUUUAUCUCACAAAGGAGAACCUUUAUCUCACUGAUUCAACAUAACUGUACACAUGCUCACUGUUUGUAUUGUGUAUCUCAGGCCUGAUAAGAUCUUGGUAAUGGAGAAUGCCAUACAUAUUUAGUAUAGUUGAAAAUCACACCUUCACAGCUGAAAUAUUCAGUGUAAUCACAUUGUGCUGCUUUGCUUCUGCAUCACUGUCCUGGUGGUAAUUAUUUAGCAUCUCAUUUCAUUAACUAAAUGAAUGUACUACUAUAUUAUAAAAAAACACCUUUUAAAUUGUUGAUACUGGCAGUUGUGUGGGAUUAGAGUUGUUGUAUUCCAUAAAGAUUGUUAAAAUUAAACUUUUUUGGCAUGCCA